AUGACGAGUGUUCGGAUAAUAACACUGGUGCUCUUACCGGUAAAAGUUAUGUGUGACGUGAGCAGCUUAGUGGGGGGUUAUCAUUACCCGCAACUCCAUCCCCCAGUGCAGUUUGACGAAACACCUGCUCCUGACCCUCCGGGAGUUUACCUGCCACCACAGUACCAAGACGAAGUGAUACCUCCAUUCCCUGUCCCAGACCCAACAUACCUACCGCCCUUGCCCCCCAUAUACCCCCCGCUGGCCACUCCUCCAGACAUUUUCAGUGACGAAGACACUAUCGCGAUUUCAACUCCACCCCCCUCAUCCCUCUAUCAAGCACCAUCACCACAGAUGAAGAUAGUCAACAUGUCUUGCGUACAAGACAGUUUCUUCAAGUCAACGUUUCGGCUAAAUUCGAGAUCUUUUUCUCCACCCCCAGUUAUUGAUGAUGGUGUAGAUGGAUGUAUCACUUCUGGUUCAGCAGGUGUUCAUUCAAUCGACAUGGAGGGAAGCAGGAAGAUGGCUAGUUGUGGUGUUCGCAGGUGUUCCGCAGGGAGUGGUUCUAGGGCCAAUAUGUGCGUUGUAGUGAGGAUGCCAACGGUAAAGGGGGUUAAGUUGCCGGAGGAUUUUGUUGUAACUUUGCAGUGCAUUCCACAGGAGAGCAUUGUUUCACAUACGAAGCAAAUUAGAUUGGGACCCACUUCUGUAGAAAGAGGAAGAUCUUCGAACAAUGCUAUCGUGGCCAGUGGUGGGGGCAAACAGAAAUUCCACAGUCAAAUGGUACUACUUAGGAAAUCCCCUGGAAGCAACAACUUUGAUCAAAUCUUGCAAAGUGGAAGCGUGGUAUUUCUCGGAGAAGAUAUAAUAUUGAGAGCAAUUGUACAGGAUGGCGAUGGUUGGAAAUUCAGUCGUAUGGGACCGGUAACUUUGAGAAGCUCAAAUUCCCAGAAGAGUCUCACGCUGGUAGAGGAAAAUGGUUGCCGAAGUCCAGGAAUGAAAUUGAUUUGCCCUUUCCAACCCCGUCAGCUGAGUCCUCUGGACACCAUGUUGCAUUUCCGAGCAUUUUUGUUCCAAGACUCACAAAGAGGAGACGAUAUGGUGCUAUCCGUGAAAAUGUUGGGCUGUUUGCAUUCCCAAGAUUGUUUUAGGAAUGGAAUAUGUGACCAACCCAACUUGUCAGCUCCAUCCAGAUCGAAGAGAUCCAUCAAAAAUAAUGACACUACCAAUUGGGAGUCCCAGAUUCAGUUUCGAGUUCAGAUGUCUCAAGAAGAUACACCAAGAAGUGGAAAAUUCAUGAACCAGUUCCAUUUUUCCACUUACCACAUCGUGAUAUUUGUUAUCGGAAUUUUUAUUACUGUAUUAUUAUUAUUAUUCAUAUUUCAUUGUUAUAGGAAGAAUAGCUGAGGAAAGUUUACUAUUCCAGACCAAUGAAGUUCCCAAGUUUGCGACUGGCAAUAAUGAAUAUGUGAAAAUAUAUCAAAUUGUAAUA